AUGGCGGGGACAGUGCUGCCCCUCUGCCUGCUCCUUGCUGCUGCCCUGCGUGGUGCCCUGACCCAGGCGCCGGGGCAUGGGGCCCGGCCGGGCCCCCUGCUCCUGCGGCUGUGGCGGCUGGAGGAGCAGUUUCACCGGCUCCGGGAGGUGACACUGAACCAUCUCCAGAGCAUCGCCAGGAACUACAACAUCUCUUACAACAUCGAUGGACGCUUCCGGGUGCUGGCAGAGCAGGCAGAGGCGGCUGCUGCUGCCCGGGCCACCCUGGGUGCCGAACUUGCCCGCCUGGCCACCAGCGGUCGGCGGCUGCACCGCAGGCUGAAGAGGCUGGAGGGAACAGUGGGUGCCCUGAGCCCGCUGCACCGCCCGGUCACCCACGCACUGGGUGCAUGGGUAGAGGCUGGCACCAAGCCACACAGCCUGCCGGAUGCUGCCCAGAGCUGGGGCAGCCAGCUGGAGUGGGAGCCGCAGAGACGGGUGGCCCCCAGCAACCCCAGGCCUGGGCGCCCGAAGGCAAGGCGGUGGCAGCAACACCGGCAGGAGGAAGGACACCAGCUGUCGGCCAGUGGCGGGGCCAGCAGUGCACCUGGGGAGGAUGCAGAGGCCCCUCGCAGUGCAGCACCAGGACCCCAAGCUGUGGCACUGGCACUCCCCACCGUGACCACGGUCCCCCAGGAGCAGCCGCCAGCCCCCCAGCAGCCAGGAGAGGGUAGGUACGGGCCCCCUGACCUGGCACCCACAUCCCCAGCCUGCCGCACCGGUGCUGUCCUGCUCUUCCCCAACAGUUCUGCUGAGCACAUGGCUGUCCUGAGGCCGGGGCCACGCCAGGGGCUGCAGGCGCUGUCACUUUGCACCUGGCUGGCCACCCCAGCCCCCUGCCUCGGUGCCCUUCUCUCCUAUGCCACCGAGGACGGCGGCAGCAAGCUGGGUGUGCGUAGCCAUUGUGGGGACCUCCCUGGCUCUGCGCACUUCGUCAUCGGGGAUGGGCAGUUUCGGGAGAUCCCGGUGAUGCCACUCCUGGAUGGCAAGUGGCACCACCUUUGCCUCAUCUGGUCCUCUGGCCAGGGCCAGUACCGUUUCUACGUGGACAGGCAGCUGCUGGCUGCCGGCUCUGGCUUCCGGCAGGGCUAUGAAAUUUCCGCUGGUGGCUUGCUGGUGCUGGGCCAGGAGCAGGACCACCCCGGCAGGGACUUUGGCACCGCAGAAGCUUUUGUGGGUCACCUGGCUGGCUUCGCUCUCUGGAGCCGGGCUCUCCUGCCCGGGGAGGUGGCCAGCAUGGCGACCAGCCAGGGGCUGCCCUGCAGCCCCCUCCUCACGCUGGCUGAUGCCUCCCUGCAGGGUGGGGUGAGGAGGGUGGCGUGUCCCUGCCUCCAGCACUGCCUGUGACAAGCUUGGCAGCGGGAACAGUGCCAGCUGCCAGCUUUCACAGCUGGCUCACGGUGCCAAUGCUGGCACGAGCUGCAUCCUCCUGAGGUGAUGGGACACCUGACAGAGAGGGUGUCUCAGGACCAGGACCACUGGACAUGGGGAAAAGGAAAAGGGGUAGCCAGAGGUGGGACCCAGUCCUGGGGCCUGUCCCAAAGCCGGGUCAU